AUGCCAUCAUUUUUUUCACAAGGACAAGAUUACGCAAAGAAAUUCACGAAGUCAUUUAGGAAACACGCCACAGACAUACUCAGACCCCCACCAACGGAAGACACUUGGCCAUUAAGAGUGUCCUACGAGCCAGUAAGAAACUACGUUACUGAAGAAAGAUACGAGGAAGAGUUAUACACCCCAAAAUACAUACCGACACCUGAAUGGCUUACACAGGACCACGUUAUCCAGCACCCCCGUUUCAGGGUCCCACAAGAAGAAUUGCCAACAACACACGCGAGUAUGAUAGCGUUAGAGGCAGAAUGGUGGCGCCAGGUGGGUGAGAACAUGAAAGAUGAAAGAAAACAGGAAUAUAAACGCGCCAAGCGGGAAAGACUAAAAGAGGAGAAACGCAACAAACGUGAAAGGGAAGAAGAGUAUAAGCGCGCCAAAAGUGCUAGAGACGUUGCUGUAUGCUCUGAAGCUAUCCAAAUUUGCAAUAAAUUGCUUGAACAGAAGCGUAAAUGCAAGAACAACAAUUUAUCUCUCGCCUCACUUGACCCAAGUGACGCUACUAUAUGUGCUGAAGCUGCUCGACUUUGCGAUGAAAUGCUUGAAGAGAAGGGUUUACGCAAGAAUAAGAAAUCAUCUCACGCCUUACCUGUGAAAGGUGGUUUUUCCAUGGCAGGAUACAGUUCUGCGGAGUCUAGAGCAACAGGUAAUAGUAUGGAUUCUAGAGAGCGUGUCUCAGCGCCUGUCCCAUUCGGUAUCCCACUGGUGGAGAAGGUAUUAGCCAAAAAGGCACACAAGGUACCAGUCAAUAAUGCACAGAGGGCACCACUCAAGGAUGCAAAGAGGACACCAUCUCAGUGUGGACGCGGGGAUCAUAGAACACUCAGCGUAUACCUCGGGAUUAAAGUUGAGGGCGACGGCGAUGAGCUUUGCACUAGGCACGAAUUGUGGCUUAGAUCGGAGAAAGAGGACGAGAAAGAGGCUCGUUACAGGGCCAAACAUGGUAUUCCAGAUGAAGAACCUAAGCCGGUAUAUGCGCGUUUCCUUGAAAAACCAACUCUAUACAGGCCUGGGUACUAUGACAAGAGCAAGCGCGAGUUUCGCGUAUUCUAA